GAAGUAUGAAAAUUAAUUCAACCGUUUGUUCACCAGAUGGCAUCUCGAUAAUCGAUUGAAAAUAUCCAAUAUUCAAAUGUGUCAACAAGAAUUUCUAAAUACUCUAUAUUACGAAAUAUAAAUUUCUAAGAAUGUUACUUUUGGUAUAGUCUUAAAACGCAAUAACGUUUUUAUCCGAAAAGGAACAUUAAAAAUAAUAUAGGAUAUUAAAAAAAAAAAAAAAAAAAAGAAAAAAAAAGAAUUUUAUACAAAUUGCGAAGGCAAUCCCCUCAUCGUACCAUACAUUUACCACCGUAUAUGCAUUUACAUUCGACGCACAUUUGAUAUACGGGAUAUGUGUCAUAACCUAAACUUCACGAAGAAAUGUCACGCUCUACAUACAAAUGAGUAUAAUUUUCCGUAAUAAUAUACGCCUUACCGUCAUUUGUAUCGUCGUGUUUUAGUUUUGCUAUGUUUGAAUCGGUGCUACAAUUAUUAUUUAAAAUUUAAAGAACUUCAAGAAAAUAUAAAUACAUGGCAAAUUUGUAAUAAUGACAACUCAAAAUAGUAAAACAUCUAACGAACCAUAUCGAGAAUUAAAAGAAUCACGUGGCUCUGAAUUAAAUGUCAAUGAACAAAAUACUGGAAGAUACAAUGGCACCUUUGAAGAUAACAUUGAUCGAUCUAUUGAACUUUCCUCCAUAGUAGUUAUACCUGAUGACACAUUCACGGUAAUUCAAGCUAUCAAUGAAUUGGGUUUUGGAAAGUUUCAAGUUAAACUUUCAUUGUUUACUGGAUUAUGUUGGAUGGUUGAUAGCAUGGAAAUAACAAUAUUAAGUAUUCUCAGUCCAUCUUUACACUGCGACUGGGGUAUUUCCCGAUAUCAACAGGCUUUGACGACGACGGUUGUUUUCCUUGGUAUGAUGUUAAGUUCGACAUUUUGGAGUAAUUUAAGCGAUAGAUACGGUAGAAAGCAAGCUUUGACUUUAUGUGCAGUAUUACUAUUUUAUUAUGCAUUUUUAAGUGCAUUUGCACCAAAUUUCCUUUGGAUAUUACUACUAAGAGGUUUAGUAGGUUUUGCUAUUGGUUGUGUACCACAAUCGGUUACAUUGUAUGCCGAAUUUUUACCAGCGAAACAAAGAGCCAAAUGUGUCAUUUUAUUGGAUUGUUUUUGGGCACUCGGUGCAUGUCUUGAAGUUGCAAUAGCAUUAAUAAUAAUGCCAAACUUUGGAUGGAGAUGGCUCCUUACCUUAUCAGCAAUCCCACUUCUUAUAUUUGCAUCUAUUACGCCAUGGCUUCCAGAAUCUGCAAUUUUUGAUAUGACAACUGGUAGAAUGGAUAAAGCUUUAUCUACGUUGGAAAGAAUAGCACGAGAAAAUAAGAAACCAUUACCUUUAGGAAGAUUGAUUAUGGAUCGCUUUUAUCAAACUAAUCGCGGUAGGUUCACGGAUGUGUUAAGCAAGGAAAUGUGCAAGACUUCUACCUUACUUUGGCUGGUGUGGAUGGCUACAGCAUUUUGUUACUACGGUGUGGUAUUAAUGACCACCGAACUAUUCCAUACGUCAUCGGAACAAUGCGGCUCAUGGGCAAAUGGCGAGAAAAUAGAAAAUACUUGUCAAUUAGAAUGUCGUUUAAGGCGAAGCGACUAUAUAGAUCUUUUGUGGACUACAUUGGCAGAAUUUCCAGGAAUUUUUUCUACUGUAUUUGCAAUAGAAAAAAUAGGAAGAAGAAAGACUAUGUCAUGCCAAUUGGUCAUGUUUUCAAUAGUUAUUUGUUUUUUGGGAAGAGCUUGUUUGUUAAGUAGAGCAGUAUUGACCAUAGGAAUAUUUUUAGCAAGAGGAUUAAUUGCUGGCGUAUUUCAAGCGGCAUAUGUUUAUACGCCAGAAGUUUAUCCAACGCAUUUACGUAGUAUAGGUGUGAGCGCGUGUAGCGCUAUGGCACGAAUGGGUGCUAUGAUAACGCCAUAUAUAGCGCAAGUGUUUUUACAAUGGUCUAUCACAGGAGCUAUGGCAAUAUAUGCUGUUGCCGCGUUAUGCGCAGCAAUUGCUACGCUUGCCUUACCUGUUGAAUCUAAGAAUCAAAAUUUAAAGGACUCCUCUAAUAAUACUAAAUAAUUAAAAUUGGUUUUUCCGAAUUAUACAAAUAUCAUUGAUUUUAUGAUCAUAUAUGUAUUUAUACGACAGCAGCUAAUAUUUAUUUAAUACAAACAUAUUUCUUACUUUAUCCAAAUAAUUUAAUUACACGUUUCUAUAUUUACAUAAACAUCAUGCUUAUAUAAUGCAAGUUGAAAGAUACAAUAAUUAAGUUUGAUGUACGUGUGACGCACCAAGACUGAAAUGAAUUUUAAUAUACAAUGAAGGUGCCAAAAUAUAUUUAUUUAUAUAUUUAUGCUGAUUUCUAACUACUUAAAGCAUAUAACAGUUAUAGGAUAUAUUUAGAUGAAAUUGUAUUCUCUUUGUAAAUAUUUAUAAAACGGACAAAUAAUAUUUGCAAAAGAUUUAGUUGAUAUUACUUACGUACUUUUUUAGGAUAUCUUCAAAAAAAUUCUGACGAAUAUAUAUGCGUAGGUAUAAUGUUUAUAUUAUGUUUACACAUCGUUAAGUACAAUAUAAGAAAUAAUUUA